AAAUAAAAUGCCAAAGACCAAGAAGUCCAAGAAAGAAGCCAAACUUUCCAAGAAAGAGCUUAAAGCCAAAGCUAAAGCACAAGAGAGUGAAGAGUCCUCCGACAGUGAUAGCGACAGCAGUGUUGAGGAACCAGUCAAGACCAAGAAGACUAAGAAAGCACCAGUUGUUGAAAAGAAGAACGACUCUUCUGAUAGCGAUGAAGCCCCUGCUGCUGGUAAGAAGAGAAAGCCAGAGACAGUUAAAGCUACUACUAAGAAGCCAAAGGUAGAAGAGAACCUAAGCAGUGAUGAUUCUGACAGCGAUAGUGUUGAUGUCAUUGCUAAACCUGCAAAGAAGAGCAAAAAGAAGUCGGCACCAGCUAAGAAGGAGUCAAGCGAUUCUGACUCUGACUCAUCAUCUGAAGAAGAAAAGAAGGUUGCUAAGAAGACUACCAAGAAGGCUAAGAAGACUACCAAGAAGGCUAAGAAGCCAGCACCUGUAAAGGAGUCCUCUAGCGAUUCUGAUUCUUCAUCAUCUGAAGAAGAAAAGCCAAAGAAGGCUGCUAAAACAAAGAAGGCUGCUAAAGCAAAGAAGGCUGUUAAAACAAAGAAGGCCGCUCCAGUUAAGGAAGAAUCCAGCGAUUCAGAUUCAUCAGAUGAGGAAAUGGAAGCACCAAAGAAAACUGAAAAGAAAGCAAAGAAGCCAGCUCCAGUAAAGGAAUCUUCAAGCGACUCUGACUCUUCAUCUGAAGAAGAGGAAAAGCCAAAGAAGACUGCUGCCAAAAAGAAAGCUGCUCCAGCUAAGGAAGAGUCAAGCGAAUCUGAUUCCUCAUCCGAAGAAGAGUCAGAGCCAAAGAAGGCCAAGAAGACUAAGAAGGCUGCUCCAGUCAAGGAAUCUAGCAGCUCUGAGUCAGAUUCCUCCGAUGAAGCUCCUAAGCCAUCCAAGGCUAAGAAGUCAGCUGAGAUAGAAUCCAGUUCUGAAUCCGAAGAAGAAUCUGAGGAGAAGCCUCAAAAAGAAGAGCAUCAAGAUGCUGAAAUGGAGGAAGAAAAGCAAGAAGCUCCAGCUCAAGAAGAAGCAGAAGAGACUGAAGGCCCAACCGAGCUCUUCGUUGGAAACCUCUCAUGGAACGUCGAUGACGCUUAUUUGAAGGAGACCUUCGAAUAUUACGGAGAAAUCAAAAGAGCAAAUGUGCUCAUCAGAGAUGGAAGAUCCCAAGGAAUUGGGUUCGUAGAAUUCGGAAAUCAUGCUCAAGCUAAAGCUGCUCUUGAGCAGGCCAACGAAUAUGAACUUGAUGGCAGGCCUAUGAGAGUUAGUUUCUCUGCUGAUAAGCCCAAUAAGCAUGAGAAACGCCCAGUUAAUCCAGAUGCCGAGGGAUCUUGCUGUAUCUUUAUCGGAAACGUUGGAUACAACACUACCAAGGAAGCCCUUUGGGAUUUCUUUGCCAAUUACGGUAAUAUUACUGAUUUGAGAGUCGCCCAUGACAUGGAUGGGAAUCCAAGAGGAUUCGCACACUGUGAAUUCUCAACUCCUGAGGAAGCUAAAGCUUCUUUAGCUGCUCAUGGAGAGAGAGUUGAGGGUAGAGCCUUGAGAAUUGACCUUAGUGCCCCAAGAGCUAAUCGUGGUGGUGAUAGAGGCGGUAAUAGAGGCGGCUUCGGUGGUGAUAGAAACGGCGGUAAUAGAGGCGGCUUCGGUGGUGAUAGAGGCGGAUUCGGCGGCAGAGGCGGAUUCGGCGGCAGAGGCGGAUUCGGCAGCAGAGGCGGUAGUGGACGUGGUGGUAGAGGUGGCUUCAGUAAACCUCCUGCUGGUAAAGGCAAUAUUGCUGAAUACCAAGGAAAUAAAAUGAAGUUCUAAUCAAUGUUAUGAGGCAUAAUUUUACUAUAUUGUAGUGUUUCAACC